GUGCGUGACAGGAGAGAGAGAGAGAGAGAGAUCCGUAGGGAGAUAUGUAUACGCGCGUGUGUGUGUGUCUGAUCGUUUCUGGGGACAAAACCAGCUCACUGACUGAUCAGCUAAGACAGGAAAUUUGAGGAGGAGUUGAACAGUAGCUGGCCAGUCGACGUCGCCGUCGCCGUCUCCAAGUUUUUCUCUGCAUCCUCGGGAAGCUCGAUUCGGUCCCGGCCGAGGGUACCCUUUUGCUUCCUUCGCCGAAAGGUUGGAACUUUGCCCCGGUACCUCCAAUCCCUAGAUUUCACCAGGAAUUGGACUUUGGUGGACUGCAGUGCUGCAGAAGACAUUGGUCCCAUCUAGACGAUAGACUUCUUUAUUCAGAGAGGAGCGUCAAUGGUGAUCGGCUGGACACUGUUAUAAGUAGAAGUGAUUGUUGCCUUGCCUGGGCUGAAACUCCCACGGCAUUAAGCCUUUCUUCCAGAGUCAUUAUUUUUAGUUGCUUUAUUGCACUUUCUAAAAAUACUUGAACAUGUACAGUCUCUUCCUCUUCUCAAAGUAAGAGAAAUCCUAAGCACUCUUUACACCGUGUCUGUAAUUCCUGAGAUAAGCCAGUGAUUUUAGGAUCGGAUGGUUGUGCAUGCCAUACAAAUUGCUCAAUCUAUAAUUGUUUUAAUGGAGUCACCAUAAGCUUUUGUUUCUCUGUGCUGAACAAAGGAGCCAUGCUUUGGAAUUGGAAGAAACCCCACAAUUUGACGCUUUGCUAUUGAGUGUACAUAUUGUGCAUCGUCUUCAAAAAGUAGGGUUAUGGUCCAAAAGAAACCAUGGAGCAUACACCAGAUAAAAAGUUCCCCCUCAAUGCAAAGGACUAUAAGCUCUUUGAGGAAGUUGGUGAAGGUGUCAGUGCCACUGUUUACAGGGCGCUCUGCAGUCCACUCAAUGAGAGAGUUGCUAUCAAGGUGCUUGAUCUUGAGAAGUGUAAUAAUGAUCUGGAUGGUAUCCGGCGAGAGGUACAGACAAUGAGUUUGAUUAAUCAUCCAAAUCUAUUGCGUGCGCACUGCUCCUUUACUGCUGGCCACAGCCUUUGGGUUGUCAUGCCAUACAUGGCUGGAGGAUCCUGUCUUCACAUUAUGAAAUCUGCUUACCCAGAAGGUCUUGAAGAGCCAGCUAUUGCCACUUUGUUGCAUGAGGUUCUCAAGGCACUUGUGUAUCUCCAUGCACAUGGACAUAUUCAUAGGGAUGUGAAGGCAGGGAAUAUAUUAAUCGAUGACAAUGGUGCAGUCAGGUUAGCAGAUUUUGGAGUGUCAGCAUGCAUGUUCGAUACAGGAGAUAGACAACGGUCCAGAAAUACCUUUGUUGGGACUCCAUGCUGGAUGGCUCCUGAGGUCAUGCAGCAAUUACACGGAUAUGACUUUAAAGCAGACAUCUGGUCAUUUGGAAUAACAGCACUUGAACUUGCGCAUGGGCAUGCCCCAUUUUCCAAGUAUCCACCAAUGAAAGUUCUGCUGAUGACCUUACAAAAUGCACCUCCGGGCCUGGACUACGAAAGAGAUAAGAGAUUUUCAAAGUCUUUCAAAGAGAUGGUAGCCACUUGCUUAGUGAAGGACCCCAAGAAACGUCCUACUUCAGAGAAGCUUCUGAAGCACAGUUUUUUUAAACAUGCACGCCCUACCGAAUAUCUAGCUCGAACCAUUCUCAAUGGCCUUGCUCCACUGGGUGAGCGCUUUAAAAAGCUGAAGGCACAAGAAGCUGCUCUUCUUGUUCAGAAUAAGGCUCUCUAUGAAGACAAAGAGCAAUUAUCUCAGCAAGAAUACAUAAGAGGAAUUAGUGCAUGGAAUUUCAACCUUGAAGAUCUGAAAAGUCAGGCUGCCCUUAUUCAGGAAAAUGAUGAUGUGCCAAAUAAUGAAGACUCUCGUGCGUCCAUAAAGCAGAAGGAGAGACAUGAUGGUUCUGGGAGAUUCAGAGAGAGAAUGUCACUUGAGUUGGUUAACCAUUCAAACACUGCGUCUGGUCAGGAGGAUGCUUUAAAUGAUUUUCAUGAUUUGAAGAGCUCACUUGCUUCAUUUCCUAUCAAACCACUUCAAGCACUCAAAGAGUGUUUUGAUGUUGGUGAGGAAGAUGUAAAUACGAGUCCUAGCUGGGAUGACACUCGAUCAGAUUCUGAUGAACAGCUUCCCACAAAAUCCUCACCGAGAGCUGUCCAUCAGGAUACUGGUAGAAACGACAACGACGACAAUGAUGAUUUUGCACGGAGUAGAUCUUUACCACGUCAGGAGAUUCCAAAUCAUAAGAAAUUCUUAAGUGGUCCAUUAAUACACGAUACUGUAGCCUCUGCUAAGAAGAUUAUGGACAACGGGGACAGGGAUCAUUUGCAACCAAAAUAUCAAUCUGAGCGAAACUAUAGUGGGACUCUGUUGUAUCGCCAAAGGAAAGACACUAAUUGUUUGUCACCUGCAGAGGAUACGUCAGAAGGAGCAGUUAUCCAACGUAAGGGUCGUUUUAAGGUCACUUCAGCAGAUGUUAGUCCUAAGGGUAUGAUGAACUGCUCCUCUGGCUUAGCAUGUGGUGGUUCAUCCAGUCCAGUGACCCCAAGCCUGGCAGCUGCCCUUCUCCCUUCAUUGCAGUGCAUUUUGCAGCAGAACAUCAUGCAGAGGGAAGAAAUCACUAAGCUUAUCAAAUACGCGGAGCAAAUUUCUGGUAAUCAAGGGGACUUCGCCGAGGUGGGCACCAGCAAUUCUCUGCAGGCACAGGUGUCUUGUGCUUCUACAAGAGAAAAAGAAUUGCAAUCCCAGUUUACCAAUCUGCAGCAAUGUGUUACAAGCCUUGUUGAGGAGUUGCAGAACCUGAAACUGAAAAAUGCCCAGUUGGAGAAGCAGCUGAAGCUUUGACAAACCGAGACAAGAGGAAAAAAGGGAUGACCAAAGCAUGAUGCUGUUCACAUCUUCAACUUAUUCUUUUAUGGCAACUAUUUUGGUUGAUCAGCAAGCGACCACGCAUUUUUCCCUGAUUAAACGUGUACUCUUCCCACCCGCGUGAAGGUUUGAAGGGCUGACCCCGCUAAGUUUUGAGAUGUCUUUACUCGAGUUGCAGCUUGUACAUGUAAUUUAUUAAAGAUAUGGCAGAUACACCAUCUCUCUGUCUCUCCGUCUCUCCAUAAUAAAGUGUGUUUUUGCUC